GGAGGGAGUAUAUGUAUUUGAGGAUUAUGCCAUCGACUGCGGUUGGCAUACUCUUGGUCAUGUAUAAGUGCAUGCCUAAUGAAUAAUGCGGGGCUGCAACGAGUGCCCUGUUUGUUCCUAUCCCCAUAUCUUUGUUGUGUGCGCGUGGGCUGCAGAACGUACGUGAUGGUGAUUAAGCAGGCGAGCAACGGAGCAAACCACUCUACCCUUGUUAUCAUGGUAAAAAUCACGCUAGCUAUGUGCAAGUGAAAUUCAGAUGGAGCAAGUUCAGAAAGAAAUUCCUUGUCAUCAGUUAGCUAGGAGUAUCAUCAGACGCUCAUUCUCUGGUCUGAGCAUAAUCUCAAUAGUUCAAUUAAUAGGGAACAUAAACACUUCAUCCGUGCAAAUGAAUUGCUCGAUUGCUCUUCCCCGUGCUGUAGGCCUGUAGGGUGUAAUAGGGUGAGACAAAAACUGGACCCUCGAAGAACAAAAAUACAAGUGGAGACUAGUCUGUUCCUUAUCAGUACUACUGAGUCUUCAAUAGGGAGUACGUGAUGGCGCACUCCAAUGAUCGUCCACUGAUUCAUGCCUCAUUUUUCCUUCUGCCGUGCAUGGAGUAUUGUCCUAAUCAUAUGAAAUUCCAGCCAUGUAAGAAAAGUAUGCGCACCAAGACCAAGACUUGGAAUAUGGAGUAUACUAUUGUAAACCAUAUACUGUGCUUUGUGGAAAACUCGAGAUCAGCUACCCUCUCCAUUAUCAUUUCCGGCCAACCCUCUCUCGUCUCCGGCCGCGGCCAAUAUGGCUGUGGAGCUUCUGUUCGUCCGGGGAGUUGCAGCAGUGACCCUUUUCCUGUUGAUUUGCCAAUUAGCACCUUCCGCUUCAGGUGCUCCUGGAACCUGCAUCACCGCUGAGCGGGAUGCGCUCCUGUCCUUCAAAGCAAGCCUCCUGGACCCUGCUGGCCGUCUCUCGUCAUGGCAGGGCGAAGAUUGUUGCCUUUGGAGUGGUGUCAGGUGCAACAACAGAUCAGGCCAUGUCGUCAAGCUCAACCUCCGCAACCCCCACAUCUUCGACGACCUCUGGGAACAAUCAGCAUUGAGCUUGUCGACAGGUGAGAUGAGCUCCUCUUUGGUUACUUUAAGGCACCUGAGGUACAUGGAUCUUAGCGGGAAUGAAUUCAACGGUACAAGCAUACCUGUGUUCGUGGGAUCUCUGGCAAACCUAAGGUACCUCAACCUCUCGUGGGCAGGUUUCAGUGGGAGAUUACCUCCGCAACUCGGUAAUCUCUCAUAUUUGGAAUAUCUUGAUCUUAGUUGGAAUUAUUAUUUCGACGGUUUGAAUUGGACAAGCCUGUACCUGUACAUAGUGGAUCUUACAUGGUUGCCACGUCUCUCCUCGUUGAGUCAUCUUGACAUGGGCCAGGUGAAUCUCAGUGCUGCGCGGGAUUGGGUUCACAUGGUUAACAUGCUUCCUGCUCUCAAAGUGCUUCGCUUGGAUGACUGUAGCCUUGAUACCACCGCAUCUGCUACUUCACAGUCGAACCUCACACAUCUCCAAGUCCUCGAUCUAUCAAAUAACGACUUCAGUACUACUCUGAAGCGCAAUUGGUUUUGGGAUCUCACAAGCCUAAAGGAGCUUUACCUCUUUGCUUGCAGCUGGUAUGGAACUAUUCCUUAUGAAUUGGGAAACAUGACGUCCCUUCAAGUCAUAAAUUUUGCUCACAAUGAUCUUGUGGGUUUGCUACCGAACAACUUAGAACAUUUGUGCAAUUUGGAAGAACUGCUAUUCGGGUUAAACAACAUUAAUGCGAGCAUCGGGGAGUUCAUGGAUCGAUUGCCAAGGUGCUCAUGGAGUACAUUGCAAGUGUUGGAUAUGACGUAUGCAAAUAUGACUGGAGAACUACCAAUCUGGAUUGGGAACAUGAGCAGUUUCAGUAUUCUUUUACUCCCUGACAACAUGAUAACUGGCAUUAUACCACAAGGAAUCGGAACGCUAGGCAAUAUAAAAACGUUGGACCUUAGCUACAAUAACUUCAUUGGUCCUGUACCAACGGGAUUAGGAUCACUUCAUAAGUUGGCAAGUUUGGAUCUCAGCUACAAUAAAUUCAAUGGUGUACUCCUGAAGGAACAUUUUUCAGGCUUAUUGAGUUUGGACUACCUGGAUUUGUCUCACAACUCCUUGAAAUUGGAUAUUGAACCAAAUUGGGUUGCUCCAUUUAGAUUGAAAGUCGCAGGUUUCCGAUCAUGCCAAUUGGGGCCCCGUUUUCCGGAAUGGCUUAGAUGGCAGACUGACGUUGAUAUUCUUGUUCUCGGAAAUGCAAGUCUGGAUGAUAGUAUUCCCGAUUGGUUCUGGGUGACAUUUUCCCGCGCUUCAUUCUUGCAUGCAUCAGGAAACAUGUUGCGUGGUUCAUUACCUGCAAAUCUACAACACAUGUCAGCUGACCAUAUAUAUCUGGGGUCCAAUAACCUUACAGGUCAAGUUCCAUUGCUUCCUAUAAAUUUAUCACGCUUGAAUCUAUCUUCAAACUCUUUCUCGGGGUCACUGCCAUCAGAGCUAAAAGCUCCACGACUUGAAGAGUUGUUGCUUGCUAAUAAUAAAAUUACAGGCACCAUCCCCUCAUCUAUGUGCCAGUUGACUGGUCUGAAACGAUUGGACCUAUCAGGAAAUAAUUUAUCAGGAGAUGUUAUGCAAUGCUGGAACGAGUCAGAAAACAAAACUACAGUGUUCGAUGCAAAUUUUGCAGCUGAAUUCGGUUCUAUCAUGCUCAGUCUGGCCUUGAACAACAAUCAGCUAACAGGCGAAUUCCCUAGAUUUCUUCAAAGUGCCUCACAACUGAUGUUCCUCGAUUUGUCACACAAUAGGUUCUCUGGAAGCUUGCCAAUGUGGUUAGCAGAAAAAAUGCCACGCUUACAGAUCUUGAGGGUGAGAUCAAAUAUGUUCAGUGGUCAUAUUCCUAAGAGUGUCACUCACCUUGUGAGUCUUCAUUAUCUGGACAUAGCACGUAACAACAUAUCAGGAACCAUACCAUGGUCGCUAUCAAACUUGAAAGCAAUGAAGGUCAGACCUGAGAAUACGGAGGAUUAUGUUUUUGAGGAGAGCAUACCAGUACUCACAAAAGACCAAGCACGUGACUAUACCUUUGGAAUCUACAAGCUACUGGUAAAUCUUGAUUUGUCAGGUAACAGUUUAACAGGAGAGAUUCCGGUGAACAUAAAUUUGCUCAUUGGGCUUAACAAUUUGAACCUAUCAAGUAAUCAGUUGACUGGAACAAUACCAAAUCAGAUUGGCGAUUUAAAACAGUUGGAGUCCCUGGACCUAUCCUACAACGAGUUUUCUGGUGAAAUCCCAUCAGGUUUGUCGGCUCUAACAUCUCUGAGCCACUUGAACUUGUCCUAUAACAAUUUAUCAGGGGAAAUACCAUCCGGACCACAGCUACAAGCUCUCGAUAACCAGAUUUAUAUCUACAUCGGCAACCCCGAUCUUUGCGGGCACCCUCUCUCGAAGAACUGCUCGACUAACGAUUCAAAGCAAAAUGUCUAUGAAGAUACUACAGAUCCUAUUGCAUCACUCUACCUUGGGAUGAGCAUAGGAUUUGUGAUUGGUCUUUGGACGGUAUUUUGCACCAUGCUAAUGAAGAGAACCUGGAUGAGUUCUUAUUUUCGGAUCAUUGACAAGCUAUAUGAUAAGGUUUAUGUACAAGUAGCUAUUAUUUGGGCUCGCCUGUUAAAGAAGAGCAACGACGGUGCAGAAUGAAGAGCCCGCUUCACGUGCAAUUGAAUUGCUCAGGAAUUGUAUGCCACUGUUGUGUGAUUUGGAGAGUAUGCUCUCUGUAAUAGUCUGUGCCAUAUUCUUAUCUAUGCUUAUGUAUCGCAUCACAACAUUUUAGUCUUUGUAUGAAGCAAAUCUAGUGGAAAUAUUGCAUUAUGUGACUUGUUUUGUAUAGAGUUCAUUCUUGAAAAUUUGGA